AUGGCCCACCAGGAGCGCACGUUCAUCGCCAUCAAGCCGGACGGCGUGCAGCGCGGCCUCGUGGGCGACAUCGUCAAGCGCUUCGAGCAGAAGGGGUUCCGCCUCGUGGCCAUGAAGUUCCUGCGGGCCUCAGAGGACCUCCUGAAGGAGCACUACAUUGACCUGAAGGACCGCCCCUUCUACCCGGGGCUGGUGAAGUACAUGCACUCCGGACCUGUUGUGGCCAUGGUCUGGGAGGGACUGAAUGUGGUGAAGACAGGAAGAAUGAUGCUUGGGGAGACCAACCCAGCAGAUUCUAAGCCAGGCACCAUUCGUGGGGACUUCUGCAUUCAAGUUGGCAGGAACAUCAUUCAUGGUAGUGAUUCAGUAAAAAGUGCAGAGAAAGAAAUCAGCCUAUGGUUUAAGCCUGAAGAGUUGGUUGACUACAAGUCUUGUGCUUUUGACUGGAUCUAUGAAUAA